AUGACACCAGAACCACCUUCCCUUACGAGGCAGAGUUCCUAUACCAAUGGAUAUUCACGAGAUCAGUCGUUGAAACCAUUUCCAUCAGGAGGACAUAAUGGUAAAUUAAUGGGUGAACCGGUUAAAGAUCAUAGAAGGAGGCGUUCGUCGAGUAUAAUAUCCCAUGUCGAACCAGAGACGUUUGAAGAUGAAAAUGACCAGCAGUUACUACCAAACAUGAAUGCAACAUGGGUUGAUCAAAGAGGAGCUUGGAUUAUUCAUAUCGUCAUUAUUGUACUUUUGAAACUAUUUUAUGAUUUAUUACCGGGGGUUACAGCCGAAUGGUCGUGGACGUUAACAAAUACGUCUUAUGUUAUUGGGUCGUACGUCAUGUUCCAUUUGAUCAAGGGGACUCCAUUUGAUUUUAAUGGUGGUGCAUAUGAUAAUCUAACUAUGUGGGAACAGAUUAAUGAUGAAACUCUUUACACUCCGUCAAGAAAGUUUUUGGUGUUGGUACCAAUAGCGUUGUUUUUGGUCAGUACACACUAUGCUCAUUACGAUCUACAGUUAUUCAUGUUAAAUCUACUAUUAACCACAUUUGUUGCAGUGGUACCAAAACUUCCGGUCACUCACAGAUUGAGAAUCUCAAUCCCAGGUAUUACAGGCCCUGCUCAAAUUAGCUGA